AUGAGUGAAGCUCCAGAAGGCCAUCCGCCCUCCAGGCGCCGAAUCGCCUUGGUUGUGCUCUUCCACUCGACGUGCGCCAUCUUGAGUACAAUCCUUUCCAAAAAAGCGUUGAACGGCAUCGACGCUCCCGUGACAUUGCUGGCUUUCCAGACAACCGUACAAGUUGUGCUCCUCACAUCCAUCGGCUACUUUACAAAAUGGAUCACACUGUCAAGACCCGUUUCGGCUUGGAUUGCACUUCUCCCGCUCACUGCUGCCCGACUUGUCGGCAUUCUCGCAAAGACGUACUGCUUGGCUUCGGUUAACGCAUCGGUCUACCAGAUCGCUCGAGGACUUCUGCUCCCCUUCACCCUCAUGCUGUCGCUUCUUGUGCUCCGACCACGCCCCUACUACCCGCCGUUGUCCCUUGGAGGAUGCGCCAUGGUCAUGGCUGGUUUCGGCGCCGGAAUGGCAUCAGACUACAGCCAGAUGCUCACCAGCGGCAAGGGUGUAUUGCUCGGAGUUAUCUCUAGUUUUACCACAGCCGUCGAGUCCGUUGUCGUCAAGCGUUUUCUCGGCAAGAGCAGCGAAGGAAUGUGGCAGAUGGUCUGGAUGUCCAACGUCAUGGCCGUCGGGUUUUACAUGCCGCUGCUUGUCUUGUCUGGCGAACUGGGAACCACUGCAGCUCUUUUCAGCUCGACAGCCACGCCUGAAGUGUCUGCCACUGCUCACCAGUUCCUGGGCACAGCAGUGCUUACUGGCGUGGCCGGAUUCUUGCUCACGAUAGCAACAUUCAUGCAAAUCGAAGUUACCAGUCCAACCACUCACAUGAUUGUGACAGCCGCACGAGGCGUGGCCCAAAGCGCCAUCGCCGUUGUGACUCUUGGAGAGCCAAUCACUGCCAAUCGUGCAGGCAGCAUGGCUCUCAUUCUAAGCGGAAGUGCCCUAUACGGUUGGGCCAAAGACCGUUAUGCGCAUAGCAAAAAGGGAAGUUAUUUGCCCGUUGCUCAGGAGGCUCAGGAGUCUCAACUCGACACACUGAACAAAGAAGGCCGAUAG